UCUGCUCGAAUCCGGCGGAGCGCGAGCAGUCACGGUUAAGGUAGAGGAGGAACAUAUACCUUGGUGGGCUUUAUUGACUUUCAAGGGGUUUUGUGUUGUGUCUGUCGGUUGAAACCCUAAAACAUUCUGCCGUGACAGUUACACCUUUGUGGCAUUGUUGACGGUGAUUGUUGAUGGUGAAUUGAAAAUCGCAAAAUUACCCGGCGUGCUCACCCCCGCGGCUAUUCUGUUUACCCAAAGUUUUGAGCUAUGAGAUUUUGAGGGUACUGGAGGGUGGUUGUGAUUAUCGGACUUGAAACCCUGGACUUCCAGUUGUUUUUCCCAGUUAUUUGAAUUUUUUUUUUUCGGGUCUGACGAGUCGACCACUUCGUGAGGAUGACGGGGAGUCGAUCACCCCAUUUGUUCAUAAUUGUUGAAAUUUGUUGAAAUUUGUUGAAAUUUGUUGAGUGGUGUUUUUUUUUUAAAUGUUAUGCUGUAUUGUCUUUACUUCAAAAAUGAUUAGAUCUGAGGACUGUAUCCGUUUGGGAUUUGAACUUGAAAGCUGUUGCAUGUGAGACGUUUUUGCCACUGCGCCGAGCGUUGAAGUGGUGUGAAUUAUUUAUUUUGGCAGAUCACUUUCGCAAAGAAACAUUGAUCGGUGAUAAAUAAUAGUGAAUGCAGGUGGUGGAGGGGAUUGUCGAGUAAGUGCUCUGGCCGGUGAUGAUGAUCGGCGGUGGAAUCGCGACACCUCCGAGCACUGGCAAGCCCCUGGCUGCCAUUAACGAAAUGGUUGUCAUUGAUAGCGUUGGUAGUGCUAGUGUGUUGAGUGGUAGUGGCAGUGGCAGUGGCAGUCCCGCCACCGCAUCAACUCGUACCAAUAACAAUAAUAAUAAUAAUAAUAAUAACGACACGAGUAAUAAUAAUAUUAAUAAUGAGGGACACGUUGCUAUUGGCAAUAGCGGGGGGAGUAACACUGGAAACAGUGGAAAAUUGUGCUGUCAGGAUGAUGACAAUGUGACAGCCAAUACUGGGACAACUGUUACCCGACCAUGGGAACCACCAUCGCCGACACUCGCCCAGGGGAGAUCGCGAUUGGUACAGAUUCACUCGCAUCCACAACAUUCUCAUCAUCAUGGGGGAAUUUCUGGGGUUUCCCCGGCCUCUAUCAUUGACGGUGUUGGACUUCAAAAUUGUGCAGGCGCCUUUUCUGGUAGCAAUAAUACCGCCGGCGGGGCUUCACGUCAACGACUGCUGGAGCUGUCACAUGGUUUGGGAGCUCUCAGACAUUACAACGAUCUCGCCAAUCACGUACUCUCUUUAAAUCAGCAGGGAGCGGUUGUCACUAAAUUAUUGGGUACACUGAGACCACCUGGUCUGAUCGGUGGUAGCAAGCCCAAAGUUGCAACACCAGCGGUUGUCUCGAAGAUCGAGCAGUACAAGAGGGAAAAUCCAACGAUAUUUGCAUGGGAAAUUCGGGAGAGACUUAUAUCCGAAGGUGUCUGCAGUAAUGCAACAGCUCCAUCGGUAAGCAGUAUAAAUCGAAUACUCCGAAAUCGUGCAGCAGAACGUGCAGCGGCGGAGUUUGCCCGUGCCGCUGGUUACGGGCUUUAUGCCGCCGGACCUCACCCUUAUUUCAACUCAGCCCAUCACCACCCAGCAUCAUCCCAUCACUUGCCAACAGGUUGGCCAACGCCCGGAGCACCCGGACAUCCCUGGAUGAUGCCACCAUUGACCUCUGGUUUAUCCGGAGCUUCCGCCCUCCUGCUACCACCGUCAUUAAGUCCUGGAGGUGGUGCUGGAUCAACCACCGUCGCUGGUAGCCCAGAGCAUGCAUUGCAUGCUGAUGCCAUUGCUCGCGGUUAUCUACAAGACGAGGGUGACGAUGGUAGUCUUGAUGGGUCGGAGCAGCCCAAGUUCCGUCGGAAUCGGACAACAUUCAGUCCUGAACAGCUGGAGGAGCUCGAGAAGGAAUUCGAGCGGUCGCAUUACCCGUGUGUAUCAACUCGCGAGAGAUUAGCAUCGAAAACAUCGCUAUCGGAGGCGCGUGUCCAGGUUUGGUUUUCCAACAGACGGGCAAAAUGGCGGCGCCAUCAACGAAUGAAUCUAUUGAAACGUUCCCCACCGCCCCAGUUACCACCGCCAUCAGUGGCAACAACCCCAGGAUCCCAUACAACGAGUGGAUUGGAUAUUCCCCGUACACCGAGCUGUACAAUCGGCGGAAUGGGCGGCGAAAAUAGUGCAUUCAGAGCUGUUGUCACAACAACAGCCCAGGAUGGUGUUAACAAAACGAGUGAGCGUAAACCAAGUGCUUUUAGAAUGAUAAGUCAACUGGUUGGUGAUGAUCCACCAGUGAAUUUUAAUCCGAGUAAAAGUCCGGACAGUGGUAAAAGAUCACGUGGAUCGCUAUCCAUGGAAGUUGAAUCGCCGGAUGAUGAGGAUGAGGAAAUUGAUGUACAGGAUUCGGAUCAGGAACUUGCAUCAUCGCCUGUUGUCUGGAGAGAUUCUUGGACUGAUCAGCAACCCCUCGAACUUACCAAACACGAUCGUUGAAAUUUUUGUUUAUUCAAACGUUUAAAUACUUUUCCUCUUCUUUUUUUUCUUUUUUACAAUGCAUUGUUUUAAUUGCUUAAUCUACGCGAACAAAAUCAAUAGCACAAAACUGUCAAUAAUCUAUUAAUGUGGAGGUUGGCAUAUCUCUGUAUUUUAAUGACUCAACUGCCGACUAUCAUAACGCGAUUAUUUUUCAUUGGAAUACAGCCGGAAAAUUGAUGAAUCCGUGUGACAAAGUUAUGUUUAAGUGGAUUGUAAAUGAUUACCUGAUGAAAAUUCAUUGAAACCGCUCGUACCGAGUUGAACUAGUCUCUAAAACGAAUGAGAAUGAUUGAUCAUUAAUGGAAAAAUAAAGAAAGUAAUCGUUCGAACCAAUUCUAGAAUACAAAUUCAUAGACGAUAAGAAGUAUUGAUACCUUGUAUGCUAUAUAAAGACAGAUCAUUAAAUCAA